AUGGCGACUCUUCAAACUCUGAAGCUAGCGCUAAGACAGGAAGCCCAGGCAACGAUGUCCUCGACGCAGCCUCUAUCCAAUGAACAGUACAGAGAUGGAUUCGACGUCAUAAGACGGUACUCGGAUAAGUCAAUUUACGAGGACUUCAUCAUCCCACAACUAGAAGUACUCUUGACUACUCUCCUCAGGUCACGCGGCACUAUUUCAGUGCUUGAAAUUGGACCAGGUCCAGAAAGUGUCCUUGGAGAUCUAUCUGAACAUGCUAGGCAGAAAAUCAGAAAAUAUAUCGCGUUGGAGCCUAACACGCUGUUUUUCCAGUCGUUGAAACAGUGGUUGGCCUCGAGGCCAUUUCCUUGUUUAGAAAGCCCACCCGAUGUUCGAGAAAUCCCAUUCACUCUAGAUGAUAGAAAUGAAGAUAGCGGCAUUGGCGUUGGCCAUUUUGAUGAGAAAUUCGACAUCAUUCUUUUUUGCCACAGCAUGUACGGCAUGAAUUCCAAGGACAAGGUUUUAAAACAGGCCAGAGACAUGCUUGUUGAGAAACCAGAGAGUGGGAUGAUUGUGGUAUUUCAUCGUGACGGAGUCCUGCAGUUUAACGACUUGGUGUGUCAUAAGACGGCCUCGUUCCCUGCCGGAGUUAGUCGCAUCCAAAAUGCUCCCGAGAUACUGGAUCGUUUCACUCCUCUCAUUGCAGGUUUUGUCAUGCAGGACGUCAAUGUGGAUGAAGCCAUGCGACUCAAGUGGCGCGAAGUGUGCUCCGCGCUGGCUCGUCGCGAGCAAGCCCAGCCGGAGUAUCUCUUGUUUAGCUCGCCCAACAUCAUGGUGACCUUUACCCGAGAUGCGACUAUGCUACCAGCCCUAACGGGACGUGUACCACGGAGUGAUGGGCAGAGGAUAGUUAAAAACCGAGAGGCUCGUUCCCGCCACCCCGUCCCUGUUGUUGUGCCAAGGGAUGUUCAGCAAAUCCAACUUUGCGUCCAAUGGGCUUUGACCUACAAGGUCGGCUUGACCGUGAUCGGUGGGGGCCAUAGCGGCCAUUGUCUUUGGCCAAAUGUUGUAUCAAUUGAUAUGGCUGCCUUUAAUCAAGUACACGUUGUCUCUUCCGACGACGACAUAGGGGAACCCGGGUCUAAUCACGGUCCAUGGGUCCUCGCCGGAGCUGGCUGCAACACUGGUGAUAUCAUCCGCAAGGCCGCAUCAGCAGGCUUAACUGUACCACUGGGGUCCCGGCCGAGCGUAGGUGCGGGACUCUGGCUGCAAGGCGGCCUUGGUCACCUAUCUAGAUCACACGGGCUAUCGUGCGACGCAAUUGUAGGUGCUGUCUUGGUCACCGUUGACGACGGAAGGAUUGUUCAUAUUGGCCAUGUACCAGCCCAAUAUCGGCCAGCCGGUUCUGUACGCCCCGACAACGAAGAGGAUUUGUUAUGGGCAAUCAAAGGCGCCGGAACAAAUUUUGGCAUCGUGGUCAGCGUCACUUUCCGGUCCUGUGCUGCUCUGAGCUUUUCAGUCCGGAACUGGAUAUUCUCACUUGAUGAUGAGCUCCAGGCAGAGCAUAGGCUUGGUCAUCUAGACCAAGUAGCCACAAAGCUCGCCCGAAACUGUUCCGUAGAUGGAUAUUUAUAUUGGGAUAAUGAUCAGCUUUAUCUUGGGGUGACAGUAUUCGAAUCUACAACGACCAAGCACGAUUUGGAAGCAUCCGAGAAUGCAUAUGCAAUUCUUGGAAUCGAACACCACCACCAGGUUGUCGACGGCGUUGGUCUGUUUGACACCGAGAUGUAUGUAUCCUUGAUGCACGGCGGCCACAGCAGUGGCAAGACCUCCGCAUUCAAGCGAUGCAUUUUCCUAAAGCACAUUAGAAAUGCGGAUAUCCGCAAUAUCUUGGUGUCGGCUCUAAACUCUCGGCCCUCCAGACUUUGUUACCUUCAUCUACUGCAAGGUGGCGGGGCGAUCCGUGACCUGACGGGCGAUGCCUCUGCUUUCGGCUGUCGAGACUGGGACUUUGCUUGCGUCAUAACUGGCGUCUGGCCUCGCAAUCAGGACGGAACUGAUACGGCUCGAGAGGCCAUGCAAUGGGUUUACAAAAUUGCUAUGGAGUUGUUACCUCUAAGUAGCGGAGCAUACUGUGCAGACCUUGGGCCGGACCCUCGAGAUGCACCACUAGCCAGAGCUGCUUUUGGGUCGAAUCAGCCGCGUCUAUCCCGUCUUAAAUCUCUUUUGGACCCCCAUAACGUUUUGGCUUAUGCCUGUCCGCUUCUGGAACUUCCCACGAGACCGAAGCUCAUUAUUCUUGUCACAGGUAAAAGCGGUGCCGGCAAAGACCAUUGUGCAAACUUCUGGGCUUCUCUAUUCAGUGCUCGGAGCCUUGAGGCACGUGCAGUAAGUAUCAGCCAGGUGACGAAGCAAGAAUAUGCGGCGGCUACUGGUGCCGAUCUGAACCGUCUGCUGUUCGAUCGUGGUUACAAGGAGCAGCAUAGGCAAGCAUUGACGAAGUUUUUCCAGGAACAGGUGGCAAAAAGGCCUCAGCUUCCACAGGAUCAAUUUGUCAGAGUAGUGUGCAAUGCUUCAGAUGUAGAUGUACUAUUCAUCACGGGUAUGAGAGACGAGGCACCAGUUGCAAAUUUUUCGCAAUUGGUACCAAACAGCAAACUACUCGAGGUGCGUGUCCAGGCUAAGGAUGACACAUGGCGGGCUCGUCGAAUCCGAGACCAUAGUGAGGUCGACUGCGGCAAUUGGAUCCCUGAUGAGAUUCAUGACGAUGAUUCGAACUCUACAGUUCCAGGUUACCGGCCUGAUCUCUUCAUGAACAAUGACAUAACUGGAGACGAAUCAAUAAGCAAGUUUGCCCACGAUCAAAUCUUUCCCUUCUUGGACCAGAAGCUGGAUCGCCUUGCGGAUAUGGUACGGUCGAUAUCCGACUUUCCACGACCCGGCAUCAAGUUCCGUGACGUGCUGGGCAUCUCUCAGCGGCGAGAUGGGCUGGCCUUGUGUACAUCUCUACUGCAAACUCGUUUUUCAGGUCAUUGGGCCCGGGUUGAGACGAUAGUUUGUUGUGAAGCCGGUGGCUUUGUUUAUGCAUCAGCUCUAGCUGCGAGGGUCAAUGUGCGCUUGGCGCUCAUCCGAGAGGCUGGCAAACUGCCUCCUCCCACUGUGUCCGUGUCCAAGUGUCCAUCGCAUAUCUCAGCUUUAGGGCCUUCUGGUUUAAAGGAUAAGGUGAUGGAGAUGGACAGUAAUGUGAUUUCCAAAGGAUCAACAGUGGUUGUGGUGGACGAUGUACUUGCCACUGGGAAGACACUUUGCGCAGUGUUGCAGUUGUUGCAAAGCGUCGGGGUCACUGCCAAGGAUAUCACCAUCAGUGUUGUUGCCGAGUUUCCCGUGCACGGAGGUCGAGCGUUCCUCCAUCGUGAAGGCUUUGGCGAGGUUAAGGUUGAAAGCCUACUAGUAUUUGGCGAUGCUUAA